CGCGGGGGGCAGAUCAGAUGACAGGCACCUCCGCAGCAGAGCUCCGAACAGCUACACGAAACGAAACACGUCCUUGCGCGGAGCGAUGCGCCACUGUGGACGGGCCUCAUGAGCUCAGAACCGGGGUCGGGCGACGCGGGCGCUCCCAACGACCCCGACGACACGACCGACACAGGCCAUGGCCUCCAGGACGCGCCCAAGGUCGGGCGCAUACAAGACGAGCACGCACAGCACGACAGCGACGGCGCGACCGCCAGACUGCCCUCGCGCCCCACGGCAGGCAGGCCCGCGAGCCUCGAAUCGGCCUCCACCCCCGAUGAUACCCCGUCGGCGCAGGGCUCCAUGGUCUCCUCGCCGCGGAGCAGCGUCGCCUACUCGUACAACUCGCCGCGCGCAAACCGACCGGCCCUGCAGCCCUUUGACCGUCGCUUCUCCUCGCGCCUGUCGCCCUCGCCGCUGGCGACCCCGCGCGGCGCCUCGCCCGGCUUUCUGUCCGCCCACUCGCGCCAGUCGUCGGUCUCUAGCAACCUGCUCUUCCGCCAGAUACCCGAUGACGGCACAGACACCCCGCCGGCCCCCUGGGACGUUGUGCGCUGGACCAAGCUGAAGAUGAUCACCGCACAGGUCUUCUCCGAGGUGGGCAAGCGCAACUUCGGCAGGCCCACCUGUCUGCAUGUGGCAGCCUCGCUGGUCAUUGGCACGUCCAAAGGCUUCAUCCUGGUGUUCGACUACCAGCAAGUCCUCAAGUCAAUCAUCGGCCCCGGCACCAAGGCUGUCGAGUGCGGCGCCAUCACGGCGCUCGCCAUCUCCGCCGACCACUCGACCAUUGCCGGCGGCCAUGCAACAGGGCACCUGUUCACCUGGGAGGUUGCCAAGCCCGCCAAGCCCUUCCUGCAUAUCCCCCCACUGGACCGCGCCAGCGUGGACGACAGGAAGUCGGACGGUCACGUCUCAGGCGUGGCCAUCCUGCAUCUCGGCUUCCUUGGCACGCGGCACACUGCACUUGUCUCUGCCGAUGAUGGGGGCAUGGCUUUUUCGCAUCUGGCCACCCGUGGACUCGGCGCGCUUGCGAGGAACGUCAACAUCACACGAAUCUUGGGCAGGUACCCUCUCUCAGCCAGGUCGCAGGAGAAGCCCAGGAAGCCGAGCUCUGUGCUUGCCUUUGCGCCCCUGCCCCUAGGCAAUGUCGAGCAACCGACGGAUGUCAUGGGGUUGACGGCGCUGCUCACGCCCUAUCUGCUGGUCAUUGUGUCGACGACGCCUGUCGCGCAAACACAGCACAAGGCUCCGCGGCCAAAGGAGGUGGCGUUGCACAGCGCCAUGAGUGGUUGUCUGGCCUGGUUUCCUGCCGUGAAACUCAAGCACGCAAGCCAAGACUCGACAAAAACAGUCUCCAAGACAAAGCUGGUCUACUGCUGGUCCAAUGUCCUGACCAUUCUAGAUGUGGCAAGCUUCGUCGCACCUCCGACCGAGAAGGAAAAGCCCACGGAACUGGCGUUCAAGCCGCGGAGUCGCUGGAAGGCAGACGAAGCCAUAGUCGCAGUGCAGUGGCUCAGCAGAUCCGUGCUCGGUGUACUGACCAUCAGCCAGCGGCUGCUUAUCCUCGAGGAUACCACGCUGCGGACCACCGACUCGUUCGACUUGCUGCAGAAACACAUAUAUCACUCGGACCUGUUCUCGAGACAGCUACGUCCCGUGGUAGAAGACCACGAUGAGGAAGAUGCGUCGCUGCAUGGCGUCGUCGCCGAUGCCUUCUACAUGAGCUUUAGAGCCUACAAGGGGCGAUUGUUCCUGCUCGGAUUCAACGACGUCUCCAUCGGCACACUCUCCAACUGGGCCGAUCGCCUGCUGGCCCUCAUGGAAGACGGCGAUUUCAUCGCCGCUAUCCGUCUCGCGACAUCCUACUACGUUGGCGAUGCGGACAAGCUCACCGUUGGCCUCCCAGAGAACGACGAAGCGCGACAUGCACUUGUUCGCGACAAGUUGCUUGAAAUGAUCACGGCAUCACUCCAGUAUGCAUUCGCCCAGAGCGACGACAGCGAGGACGCCAAGGAUGCGCGGCUCAAGGAGCUUGCUGAAGUCUGCUUCGCAGCUCUGUUCAGCAUGGAGGACAUGGGCUUUCUCUUCGAGAACGUCUACGAAGCUUUCGAGGCCGCGUCCACGGGCAAGCCGUUCUUCGAGACGCUGGAGCCUUAUAUUCUGGAUGGGCAGAUCGAAGAGGUGCCCCCGGACGUGCUCAAGGAUCUGAUCACAUUCUACGCUUCAGUUGGUCGCGGUGCCCGGGUCGAAGAGAUGAUCUGUCGUCUGAGCACUGAGACUUUGGACAUGAACGACGUCACCACCAUCUGCCAGCAGUACAUGCUGCACGAUGCGCUGAUUCACGUCUGGACUCGGACCAUUGGCGAUUUCAUCACGCCACUGACCAACAUCCUGGACCUUAUCAAGCUGAUUGAUUUCAGCCUGGAUGACUCUGACAACGUAUUGGUGGUCUCGGCUAGGAAGAUCUUUCCCUAUCUGUCAUACACAUUCACUGGGCGCUACUAUCCUGGCGGCACCUCUAUGGACGACGAGCAAGCCUACAGCGCCAAGAAAGACAUGUACAGAUUCUUGUUCGCGAGCAAGAACAUCCAGUGGCCCCCAGGUUCAGGAUCCGUGUGCUUGACGCGUAACGACAACAGCCCGGAGCCCUCCUUCCCGUACCUGCAUCUCAUCCUCGAAUUUGACGCCUCGAGCUUCAUGAGUAUGUUGAACGAGGCCUUUGAGGACAGCUUCCUGAAUGGCGAUGCGGAAACAACCAAUGGCAUUCAGACAGACGGCAAGACGCACACGCCGACUCGGCAGUACAUUGUCAACAUACUGCUUGGGAUCAUGACGCCUGCAGACUUCAGUGCCGAGGAUAUCAUUUACUUCUACAUGUUUAUUGCGCGGAAUCUACCAAAGUACCCGCAGUACAUGAUGCUUCCUGGAAGUUCGCUUCAUCGGAUCCUCAUUGGUCUGUGCAGCUAUCCGACAGAGGUUGUGAAGGACGACUGCCAGCUUUCUGUCGAGUAUCUCCUAACCAUCUAUCACCCACCGAAUGUGCAAAGCCUGGUACCGACAUUCGAGGCAGCCGGCUUCCAUCGCGUUUUGAAGUCUGUGUAUCGCAGUGCGCAUCAGUACGCGAAGCUGCUGGAAACCUAUCUGGUCGAUGACGAAGACGAAGAGGCUGUCUUUGGCUGCAUAGGUGACAUUCUCCGACCAAGCAAAGGCCUUCCCAAGAGGCAGAUCGGCGAAGUCAAGCAAGUCAUUGUCGGCCGUGCUGGAGAUCUCGUCGCAGUUGAUGCAGAGCAGACGGCCAUCACGAUGAAGGCCUACGCGCCUGACCUCCUGGAACCCAUCUUGAACGCCAUCGAAGACGAUCGCGAUGCGCAGUACCAUUAUCUGAGGGCCUUGAUUGAGCCUGAGCAGACGCAGUCAGGCGAGACUGCCGCCAUCGACGAGAGUCUGCCACCUGGCUUUGUUGAGAAGUAUGUCGAGCUCAUGUGCACCUACAACAGCGGUCACGUCGCAGACUUUGUCGGUCUUCUCAAGUCUGGCGAUCUGAAGCUCGACCCUGUACUGCCUGCGCUGGAGAAGAGCGGUGUCAUCGAUGCUGCUGUUGUGCUUCUAGCACGCGAUGGCCUAGUCAAAGAGGCCAUGGACCGUCUCGUGAAGCACCUGGGCACAUUGGAGACUGCGCUCACGGGCCUCAUACCUGCUGCUGCGGAGAGCCCUGACGUCGCCAAUGCCGAAGAAGCCGCGCGCGGCCUUCUCGAAGAUAUCCAGAAAUACGUCAAAGUCGGUAUCUGGCUCAGCCAAGGUCAGACAAGGUCGGCUGCACACACUGCGCCAGUGAUGGACAGACGAAAGUCAGCCUACGGAGAAGUCAAAGAAGGAGAUCUUGCACUUGACGAGCUGCUCUGGCUCGACCUCAUCUCCACAGUCGUCAAGCUGAUCAAAGAAACAUCCACGGCCAUGGCCGACACCGACCUCCCCACAACCACGGAAGGCCUCGACACCGCAAACAUCGCAAAGCACCUUCGCGACUCUGUGCAGCAAACCUUCUCCGCUCUGCUGGCAUCCACCACCAUCCCCCCAACAAAGUCCACAGCCCACCCCUCACCGUCCAGCCGCCCUUCCCUGAGUCGCGCAACCAGCCAACCCCAGACGAACCCGUCCUUCCUCCGCAUCCUCCGCGCCUUCCUCCAGCGCGCAUCAGCCACCUAUUCGCCCUCCCUAACGCACCUACGCUCCGUGCUCGCCGACAUCUUCGCCGCCUACACCUUCGAAGCGCGCAUCCUGCAGCUCGCAAACAGCUUCCUCGACAAAGAAGGCUUCGCGCACGUCGAGCACAUCGCCGCCCGCCGCGCCCGCGGAUGGCGCCCGCGCGGCCAGAUCUGCGAGCGCUGUCGGGCACGCACGUGGGGUCCCGGCGCGGGCGCCGGUGUGUGGGACGCGUGGGAGAAGGCGGAAGAGGCGCGUGCGAGGAAGAGAGCGGAUGGGGAGGAUGCGCGGGGCCGGGCCGAGAGAAGGGGGGGGCAGAAGGGCAAGGGGAAGAGCGCUAGUCAGAGCGGCGACGAGGGGGACGAGGGCGGAGAGGUAAAGGCCAAGGGCCCGUUGGUGGUGUUUGCGUGCCGGCAUUUGUGGCAUAAGGCGUGUGUCGAGGCUGAGGUUGGCGUUGGACAGCGGUUGACUUGUCCGCUUUGUAUAAAUGGCGAGUGAUGUAGAAUCAAGUCCGUGGUGCCGCGGAUACAUACACCACCGCCCUCUUCUCAGCCACCACCCUCUUCUUCUCAACUACCGCCCUCUUCUCAGCCACCGCCCUCUUCUUCUCAGCCACCACCCUCUUCUUCUCAGCCACCACCCUCUUCUUCUCAGCCACCACCCUCUUCUUCUCAGCCACCGCC